AUAUUACAGGGUUAGAUUAAAAACGAAACGAAACUGUACAUUUAAAGUUAUUGGCGCUUUAUUAAACUGCAUUUUACGUUUCAUUUUAAAUAUCAAUAGAACUGUUUAAAGGAAAAACUAACAAACAGGAUCGGCGGAUUUGUUAAUAGGCUGACAUGGACCAAGAAGAAUGGUUUGAAUUGUUCAACCGCUUUGACAAAAAUCAAGAUGGAGUUAUUGAAUGCUAUGAGCUUAAACCUUUUCUGAAUUACCUAGGAUUUAAUCCGACUGAUGAUGAAAUGAAUUUUUACAUGGAACUGCUGGAUAAAAACGGAGACGAGUACAUAGAUUUUGAGGAAUUCUAUGAAUUUGCUAGAACGCUUCCUGAUCCUGUUGGUGAAUUGAGGGAGGCAUUUACAGUAUUCGAUAAAAACAAAGACGGAUAUCUUGAUGAAAAAGAAAUGAAAGAAGUGUUCACAAGCGGUAAUUUCGACCCAAAUCAAAUUGAUGAUUUGUUUAAGCUAGUGGACGUGAAUGGUGAUGGAAAAAUUGACUAUGAAGAAUUUGUAGCUUUAUUCACACAAACAUUUCAUGAUCAAGAUCAACAAUGUGCAAAGUAGUUUCCAUGUGGAAGAUGACUAUUUGUUUAAGACCUGACCGUCAAUACGUAUUGGACAUCACUGUAUAUAUAUAUAUCAGUUAACAAAGUUGUUUGCGGCAAACACCUCCAGUGAAACUGAAGACGCUCAAUUUGAAGACGUUCGUUCCCUGUUGCAAAGUCACAAAGGGAACGCUUUUCGCCUUAAAAAAUCCGGAGAAAAUAGUUCAUUAGGCAGUGCUGUGCUUACAAUGAGUACUCAGUCAUCCGUAACCUAGCACAUAAACAUAACAAUUUCUGUAUUCAUUUUUAAAAAUUCUAUGUCUAGAAUUAGAAUUUAUUGAUAAUUGAAAAUUAAAGUAAUUAUAGGUCUAAAUGAUACCAUUGUUUCGCAAAAUAAGGAACCAAAGGCAAAACUAGGUCACUUGGAGAAGAAACCAUAGACAUCUUUAUCAUGUUUAUACUCAGCAUGACUAUUUUAGUUGCAUUGAUUCAGUUUAAAAUAAGGAUUUAAUAUCUAAUCCGUAAUGUUAUGAACAUUUGCAAGUAAAUAAAAAUGCAAAGUCGUAACAUAAGUUAUUGUUGCAGGCUCGGUUUGAUUGAGCCUGUUCAUGGACGGUAGUGGAAAUGCAUGCUACCGUCCACGCUCUUCACUCGCUGUACAUGUCAACGGCCCCGAUUCGAAAUUAUCCAUAAUGGGAUAUCAUUGUUUUUCGUUUAUUUGCUUAAAGCAUAUUGUCUUCAUAUUCACCAUGUUUAAAGAAAUCUUCUCUUGUACUAAUUAAUUUAAACGCUAAUAAAGCAGAACUCUUA